AUGGCCGCAGCGUGUGGCUGUCGCUCUCUUCUCUCGAGAGAUAUGCCGCGACGCUUUCCCAUGUGUGUUGCUUCGGGGACAAUGUGCCGGCGGCUGUGCGAUUGCCGGAUGGAGGGAGAGGAGCGGAGGGAAUUGCGUGAGCGCCGCUGUCAGGAGUCGCGCUGGGCGUCUUGCCGCAGAGCGCACUGCCCGCCCAGCCCAGCACCGCCCUGUCGGGCACCCUCUAUCACUCCGCAGCAUCGUAGUCGACGCCACCAGCACACGGCGAGGCAGCGGAUGCCACCACCGUCACGAGUGCGACCGGAGGGGACACGUCCGCUGUUGCGUUCCGAGGAGUCACACCGUGUGGCACAGCGGCGUGCCCAAAACCUCCUCGCGGACUCCGCACACGACACCGGGCAGUGGACGCUGAGUGUUUGCGUCGUGGAGGACACCGCGGUGGAAUCCCUCCUUUCCUCCGGGUGGACGGUCGGCUGA